GGAAGUUUGUGUAGAGCUGUCAUACGAAACAGUCAAACUUCAGCUGGAUCUCUUUGGCUCAAAAAGUCACACGCCAGUGAUAGUUUCUCUUGAAAAUUUCUCAAAAAACGCUUUCUGGAGAGUGCUAAAUAUCGCAUUUGUGACCCCAAACAAUGAAUAGUGCUUAGUCUGUGUGUGAGGAUGAUGUGAAAAGCUCUUGUGGAUGUCCACGAAGCUCAGCAGACAACAAAGACUUUCGCUGUGAAUCCACCUCCGCCAUAUUUUGCUGUGGGGAAAAACAAUUAAUCGGAAGUUUCUCGGGCUUGGAAAAAAGUGCAAAUCCGCAGGUCUUGCGAUCACGGGAGCCAGUGCUAGUGAUUUUAGUGCAAUAAGUGUUUGAGGAAAGCCAAAACAAAGGCUUCCGUGGACAGUGUUUGUCAAACAAAGGGUAUUUUCUCUGUGGUGCGUUCCGAGUCUCCUUGCCAAAAGAGUCUCAUGUCCGCCCCGACGAGUUCAGCUGUUAGGGCUUUAGCCUUGGAGUACAAGAGCCUCCAGGAAGAACCAGUGGAGGGAUUCCGCGUGAAGCUACUGAAUGAGGACAAUCUGUUUGAAUGGGAAGUGGCCAUUUUCGGACCCCCGGACACUCUCUACCAAGGGGGCUACUUCAAAGCUCACAUGAAAUUUCCACCGGAUUAUCCAUAUUCACCACCGUCUAUUAGAUUUCUAACAAAAGUCUGGCAUCCAAAUGUUUAUGAGAAUGGAGAUUUAUGUAUUUCAAUUCUUCAUCCACCAGUGGAUGAUCCACAAAGCGGAGAAUUGCCAUGCGAAAGGUGGAAUCCAACACAAAAUGUCAGGACGAUUUUGUUGUCCGUGAUUUCCCUGCUAAAUGAGCCAAACACUUUUUCACCUGCUAACGUUGAUGCUUCGGUUAUGUACAGAAGAUGGCGUGAUUCGCAGGGGAAGGAUAAUGAAUAUCCCAAUAUUAUCAGGCGACAAGCUCUAGCUGCGAAAGCUGAAGCUGAAAAGGAAGGCAUCGUAGUUCCUUUAACGUUAGAGGAUUACUGUAUUAAACCGAAAUUUAAACCAACAAAUCCGGAACCUCAGCUGGAUAUGACCGAUUUCUAUGAUGAUGAUUACGAUUUGGAGGACACAGAGGACGAUGAGCAGCAGUCAGGGGAGUCAGAUUAUGCGGAUGGGGAUGACAGUGGCAAUGGGGAAUCGUAACACAAUUGGUGAUUCACAGAGAUGAGAGACUUGAGGCGACAAAACUACGUCACAACGUCCACUUUUACUGACCUACAAUCUAUCCUGAUAAAAAGAAAACAUUACCCCAAAAACAAAAACUUCUCAUCCAGAUGCUGAUAGAGUAUGAAAUUACAAUUUUUGACUAAAGAAAAACAAACUAUUGUUUAAGUGAGUGAGAAUUACCAGAUGAAUGAGAAUUUAUUUGAUUUAUUCAUCCUGCAAUUUUGCUCUUGAAGAACAAUCUGACGAUUUUCUAAGUAAGAAAAAAUUUAAAUAAUUAAAAAAAAGAAAAAAAAUAUGGUAAAAGAAAAAAAUAGCCGUGUGUGAAUAGUAGUUACAUUUUAAGUAUUUACAAAUAUCUUAUUUCUAUUUUUAGUUUUUUUUUUUGGAAGAAGUGAAACAUAGUUUAAAAAGUAAGAUUUAAGAUAGUAAGGUCGAAAUCAAUUAAUGAGCUGAGAAAAAAAAUUUGUAAAAUAAAAUGGAAUUUAAGAGUAAAAUGAAGGACCUUUCUGUGGAAGAAAUCAAGUGAAAUUCUUAACAGAUGGCAUUAUCAAACUAAAAACAAAAAAAAAAAAGAAAUACGGAAAAGAAAAAAUAAAAUAGUCGCUGAAAAUAAAUUAAAGAAAAAAUAUUAGUAAUAUUUAAGAUGAAGAGAAACUAAGAAUCUAAGCUUGAAAGUAGAAUUUCCGCAAUGUGCUCACGUAAUUCGAAUAUUUAAUUAAAAAAAAAUGAAAGCUAACUUUUUUCACAUUUUUAUUUUAAUUUUUUGUAAUCUUGCCUGUUCACGUGUUUUUACUGAAAAUAAAACAAAAUUCAAAUUUCUUAGUAAA